AUGGAUAAAACUAUAUUCACACUAGUCUUUCAUAAUCGUGUUUUAAAUAAGUUAAUAUUUGACAAUGUCAUAGCAAUCAACGCUAUUUUUCACCUGAAUAAACAAGAAGAUGAAAGAAUAACCUACAAGUGGAAUCAAGUCAUCAAAGAACCACUUGUGUUGGCAGGCAACAACUAUCCAGAGUUACUCAAACAGUGUUUGCAAGACUAUAGAGGAAGUAAAAGAGUCAAGCUCGAUGUCUGUCAACUCUUUGAUAAUACAAUCUUUGGUGGUUGUUCCAUUGCAACAAUUGAGUUUCUGUUGGAUCAUUUCAAGAUCAGUAGUGCCAAAACCAGUGAAGACUUUAUGGUAAAGCUCAAGAAAAACGUAUUACUUAGAUUGCUAAUUCGUGCCACCCAUUUCGGAAGACUCGACAUCAUCGGAUAUCUAUUCCGCAAAUUCCAAACAUUCAAAUGGAACUACCAAAUGGCAAUGUAUUUCACAGCGCAGUCAGAGACCAGUGUCGCUGUUCGGUUGGAAAUGAUGGAACUAUUUGUUAGCGCUGCCAAAAUAGCUAAGUAUGCACCACACGUAAGCCUUGGUAACCAUAAUAAUGUAUUUAAUUCUGCUGCCUACGAAGGUGAUAUUACAAUGUUGGAAUGGCUUACUACUAAUCGUUCGGAGGAUCUAGAAAAGAGCGAUAUGUUUAUCAGUGCUAUUGUCAAUGGACAUCUCCAUCUCCUGGAGUACCUACUCAAGGAGCAUGCCGCUCUCCUCAAGAGAGACCAAGAGAAUCUCAUAGAGUGUGCAGCUUCACUUGGAAGAUUCGAUAUGGUGAAGAUUCUUCAUGCUCAAGGUUGUGUAUGCAACGAGGAUGUCCUGGGUUCAGCGGCUGGUAGCGGCAACCUUGAGAUGCUAAAAUGGCUCAUUCAAAACACCACUGCAUCACUCCCUGACAACGUAGUUUUUACAGCGGCUGGACAUGGUAAAUUGGAAGUGAUCCAAUGGUUAUUAGCAAACACAAGUGCAUCGUACACUACAGAUGUUUUAAUAAACUCUAUAACCGCUGGUCAAUUGGAAACUACUGCGUGGUUACUUAAGAAUCGUCCUGAAAGACCACCAACUGAUAUUAUAGAUACUGUAUCAUCUGAAGGUUUCUUGGACACCAUCAAGUAUCUACAUGAGAAUAUUCCUUGUACAAGCGAAAAUGCCAUAGAUUUAGCUGCAAAAGCGGGUCACCUUGACACCAUCAUUUGGUUGCACGAAAAUAGAUCUGAAAAUUGCACAACGAAAGCGAUGGACUCUGCAUCGGAAAACAACUAUCUCGAAACCGUAAAGUGGCUACACGAGAAUCGCUCUGAAGGAUGCUCCACCAGAGCAGUUGACCGUGCCGCAAAGGGUGGACAUUUCGAGAUUGUUAAAUUCCUCCUCGAAAAUAGAACAGAACAAUGUACACAAAAGGCUUUAAACUCUGCUAUUGCCCAUGGUGAUAUAGAUAUCAUUGAAUGUAUCACCGCAAAUGUCAGUCAUUUGGAAAUGCCAAAGUUCAAUGAAACAAUUGAAUCACUUGACAAACUACUAUCGUGCAAUCAUUAUGAAACAGUUCAAUGGGUGUUGGAUAACAUAGAAUUCCCUAUGGAACCACUAAUUGAAUAUAGAGAAAAAACAACAUGUCUCUAUCCAAACUCGACUGAAUCACUCCAAGUAUUAAAUGAACACAUCUUGAAAAAGGAAAAUAAAUAA